UCGAAUAAUUGAAGGCUUCGUCUCCUUGCCUUGGGCUUUGCUGCUUCUUCUCUGCGAUUACGAUGACAAACCCGUCGAAUUCGAUGGAGGAAGCGAAGAAGACAUGUUCGUCGGCGUCGAUUGGUUCCUCCGCCACGGAUUCCGCGGCUAAGGCUAAGGUGAGGAUCGCUGGAGCUUGGUCGGGGGCGGUCGAGGUUGAACUGGAGGCCUGGACGCUGCCGAUGCUCCGCGAAGAAGUGGCGAGGCGGGGGGCUGUCGCCCCGGCACUCGUCAAAUUAAUAUUCGGAGGGAAGAUCUUGAGGGAUGACGACCCGGGGAAGUCGCUGGCGCAGUUGGGGUUUAAGAACAACGCCAGGGUGCUCUCCAUCAAGCAGGACGACCAGGGGAAGGCGAUCGAUGAUCAGGCCGCUGCCGAGGACGAGCGUGCCAAGAAGCUGGCGAGAAUCAAGGAUGCUGCUAAAGCUUUAACUGAAAGGCAUGCUGAUGGUUCGCUUCCAAUGGAAAACUACAGUCUAGAGCUCGAGAAUCAGAGUGGUCAAAAAAUGGUUCUGGAAUCUGAAUCAGACCGAAAGUCAUUAAUGUUAGGUCUAAUGCUGCACAACAAUGCCAGAAGCCUCAUUAAAAAACAGGAGUUUAGGCAGGCCUUGGAUGUUCUACUCAUGGGAGAGGAGGCUUUAUCUCUCUGUGAUCCUAAAUUUACUGAGAUAGUUGACAACGUACCAAUGCUUCAACUAGAUGUUGUAUGGUGCUAUUUCAUGCUUCAAGACAUAUCAUGCCUGGCAGUGGCUGGUGUACGCCUAAACAUGGCUCGAAAGGGUUUUGAACGCUGCCAUGGUAAAGAUUCAGAUCGCUUGAAGCUCCAUACUGGUUAUCGAGCAGAACAUGCAAUAUAUCUUAGACUGGAGCUAUUGGAAGGGGUGGUGGCUUUUCAUAGUAACAACUUCAGAGAAGCUCGCAGAGCUUUGUGCUCUGCACAAGCUAGAUAUGCACAACUUCAAGUACCAGAUGAAGGUUUAUCAAUACUUAUAGGAAUGGGUUACAAAGAGAAUAAAGCAAAGAGGGCAUUAAGAAUGACUGGUAAUGACAUUCAGAUGGCAGUUCAAUUCCUGGUUGAGGAGCAAGAUAAGAAAAUUCUCAGAGAACAGGAAAACCUUCAACGAGAAGCUGAGAUUCGCGAACAGCAGAAAUACGGUGCUACUCCUAUGAACAAGCCCAUCGAUUUGCAACUGUUAGAUUAUUUGGUUUCUCUAAGUUUUCAGAGAGAUCUUGCCGCAGAGGCUCUUCGAGUUAAUGAAAACGAUACCCAGAAAGCAUUGGAUCUUUUGACAGAUCCCGAAAGAAACUUUCUUCUUCAGAGCCAACUUGAGAACAGAAAGAAACGAAGAAGAGCAAGACGGACAGAGGCAGAUGUUAAGGAACUAGUCUCCAUGGGGUACGAUCGAUCAUCAGCUGUUGCCGCUGUGGCAAGAUCACAAACAAUGGAUGAGGCACUGAACAUACUUGUCGGAGAAAGUUCAGGAAACAAUAACCUUCCGAUUUGCGAUCAACCAAUGGAUGCUGGGGAAGGCCCAUCAAAUGCCCCGAGCAACGAAGACCAGAUGGACGAGGGAAUAGAAGAAGAUAAAGAAGUGAGGCACACACAUCCGAGGGACAAAACCAUGAGGGACAAAGCCAUGGAAGAUGAGCUUGCGAAUGAUCUGACAGGGGAUGCAUUGGCUGACUACGACAUUGAGGUAACCAAGGAAGGAGAGGCGAUCGCGGAGUAUCUAGCUCGGUUGGAUUCCAUUGCCAAUGAAUGAUGGCAAACUUCAUACAUAAUUUAGGUAGCAGUUAUGGGAACAAUUAAUUGUUAUGUACUUUCGACAUUUAUCUCGUUUAAUAAUGUUGAUGGUAUUCAAAGA